GUCAAAGAUCUUAUAGCUUAUAGGAUCUUUGGUGGACGUUAUCAGACAGCUAAGAUUUUAUUGAAUGGCAACCGGCUCGAGGAACUUCCGCCUUCUCCUGUAAUCACCGGGACGUCACGGUCUUUUCCGAUAUUGCACCACUGGGUGAGGUCAGCUGACGGCUCGGAAUGACUUUGCAAAAUUAAUCAGCGUGGGUUGCAGAGUGUUGGAGAUGGCGGAUCGGACGAUGCUGUUCUGGGGAUCGGGCUCGCCACCCUGUUGGCGCCUGAUGAUAGCGCUGAAGGAGAAGCAGGUGCUCGACAUCCCUCAGAAGCUGCUAUCCUUCGACAAACAGGAGCACAAGUCGCCCGAAGUUCUGGCACUGAACCCCCGGGGAGAACUCCCCACCUUUGUGCACAAUGGCAACAUCGUGAACGAGUCGAUGGCGGCCUGCCUGUACCUGGAGAAUCAAUUCAAGUCCCAAGGCAACCAACUGAUUCCAGAUGGCCCCGCAGAGCAGUCUCUGGUUUACCAGCGGAUGUUUGAAGUGGUAACUCUGCACCAAAAAAUGGCUGACUUCCUCUUCUACAGUUGGAGGGUUCCAGAACCUGAGCGACAUGACACAGCGCUGGCAAGGAACAAGUCUAUGCUGAGUUCAGAGUUUAAACUCUGGGAAGGAUAUCUGUGGAAGAUGGGACCAAAGUCAUACAUAGCUGGAAAAAACUUCACUAUGGCUGACAUCAUGCUGUUUCCACAUCUGGCCUUCUGCGUCCGAUUUGGACUCUCUCAGAAAAGGUACCCACAUCUGCUGGAUUACUACAACCGAGUGAAGGAACGCCCCAGCAUACAGGCCACUUGGCCCCCACACUGGAAGGAGAGCCCUCUACCCAUUGACUCCCUGAAGGAGGUCUAAGGUCCCUGUUCUCACUAGGCAUAUUCUCUGUCUCCGCCAUCAUGCAGGUUGUCAUUGAGCCUGCAGUCAGAAUUUUAUCAAGAAAUAUGCUGGCAUUUUCUAGGCAGUGGCUGAUUUUAAACCUUUGAAUAAAUUCUCUUAGAUUUAUUAAA